AUCCUCGACUCAUACCUACCUACCUACCUUGCUGCUUGCACACCCGCGCCAUCUCAGAGAUUUCAGUCGGCAUCGCAAAUUCGAAGUGCAGACCGACUGAAUCAUUACCAGCCAAGAGCAUCCCUCGUAUUCUCCCAAUCUCCAGCGCGUUGAAUGAAUGUCCGCUGUUCGAACUGAGCUUGCGCCGGGAGACCGAUAUCGCUCGAACGACUUGAUUAACUUACAAGGGGGCUCGACAGAGUCAUGGCAAUCAUUUGAAACCUCAACAAUGGCGACUACUUCUGGAACAGGGGCUGCCCCGGCUCUGGACGCCAAACCUAUCCACGAUGAUGUCUCAAUCACUCAAAAGAUGAUUUCAGCCACAACCGGCAGCGUUCUCACAGCUCUGCUAGCCACUCCUCUUGAUGUCGUCCGAGUUCGCUUGCAAGCCCAAUCCUCAGUCAAGAACACGUCCCCAUUCGCCUCCCACACUACACACUCGCUGAAGAAUGUCCCUUCAGAUCUCGGGGUUACUGCUUGCUGCCGGGAAGUCUUUUGGAUUGGUCAAAAUGCACAGAUGUGUGUCGCCGGGCCUGGUGCCGGUAACAUAGGCGCUGCAUCCAUGACGGAGUGCGCAGUGGAAGAGACCCAGCGCAGAACAUUUACCUCGACCUUGGAUGGACUACGAAAGAUCGCUCGAAACGAAGGAGUCUUGACGCUCUGGCGUGGACUCAGUCCCACACUGAUGAUGGGGAUCCCGGCCAAUAUUAUCUACUUUGCUGGCUACGACUGGCUGCGAGCCGAUGACAGAAGCCCUAUCAAAGCUCUUGUCCCCGUCGCAUACGCUCCACUGGUCGCAGGUUCGGUCGCAAGGACGGCCGCUGCAUCUGCGAUUAGUCCUAUCGAGAUGUUUCGGACGCGAUUGCAAGCUACUCCAGGUACAGGGGCAGGGCAUUUCAAGGCGACCCUUGAGGGGUUACACCAGAUGGUCCAAGCGAACGGCUACAGCUCGCUCUGGAGAGGGUUGACUCUUACCAUGUGGCGAGAUGUACCUUUCUCCGGCCUAUAUUGGUGGGGUUAUGAAGAGGUCAAGAGCUACUUCAUCGAGGCGCGCAAGAAGGCUUACAUGAAUCGCCUUCCACACGAUAUCUCAUUCUCCACCCACCAAACACCACACGACCUCGACACUCCAACAUUUCUCGAUAGCUUCAUUGCAGGAGCGUCCUCUGGCUCUCUUGCAGCUUUCGUGACCACCCCGUUUGACGUGGGCAAGACACGCCAACAAGUAUUCCGACACAUGGGCGACGAAGCGUCGAGCGCCCUCGGAGACAGUGCGAAGGGGACACCCCACCCUGAACAACUACCCCUGCCCAAAUUCCUUAUGCACAUUUUCCGUGAAGAAGGCAUGGCGGGACUCUUCCGUGGCGGGGUUGCACGCUGCCUCAAAGUUGCCCCCGCCUGCGCGAUCAUGAUCUCAUCCUACGAGCUCGGAAAGAAGAUGGCACGAAACGUCAACGAGUCUCGGACUCGGUCUGCAGAUGAAGUCGCCUCUUCAGAAUAGCAACACCGAAGAUCCUCAUCCUGCGCAACGCAACGACAA